AUGUCUCAAUAUUCAAAUUCUUCUGGCGACAUAGAUCCCUUUGAAGCCCGGUUACAUUUUAAUUCCAUACUUAAAAAAAUAACUUCCAGCCAGCAAACUAUUCAAACAUGUACAACCUUUGCCCUUAGACACCAUAAGUAUUACGAGGAUCUAUACCGAUGUAUUAUGGAAGUUAUGGAAAAUGCCACAAUUAUGACUAGAAUGAAUCUCUUUUAUUUUUUGGACAGUCUUUGUGUAAAAUCCAAAAAGGUUGAAUUUAAUAAAUAUAUUGAAUAUAUUCAACGUGAUUUAAAGAAGAUCGUUGUUGAUUACGUUUGUGAAAGAGACGAUGGAUGUUUUAAUUUAGUUAAUACUUUAAAAAUUUUGAGUAAUUGGAAAGAAAAAAGCUAUUUUGAUAUUUCAGUUAUUGAAAGUACGGAGCGCGUUCUAUUAGAUUGGAAGAAAGAACCGAAUUAUCCAGCAAAAUUAAAAUUAUCAAAACAUGAUAUUUUGAAAAGAAUAGAAGAAGACCGAGAAAGGGCUAAACAUCUUCGAGAAGAUAUUUGGUGGGUGGAUAAAAGCAUUCCGGAUGGUGAAGCUCUUAGCUUAUGGGAGGAAUGUUCAGAUCUAGAUAAGAAUGAUUAUUUGGAAAUUUUAACAGAAAAUUUCAAAUACCAACCAGACUAUCCGUGGCUAGAUGUGUAUAAAAAAGUAAAAUUAUGGAACGAAGAACAAAAGCAAUUGGAGGAAGAGGAAUUAAAAGCUCGUCUUGAAGAAGAAGAACGAGCACGACAAAAACUCGAGGAAGAAGAACGGGCACGACAAAAAUUUGAGGAGGAAGAACGAGAGCGACAAAAACUUGAGGAGGAAGAACGGGCACGACAAAAAUUCGAAGAGGAAGAACGGGCACGACAAAAGCUUGAGGAGGAAGAACGGGUACGACAAAAACUCGAGGAGGAAGAACGGGAACGACAAAAACUCGAGGAGGAAGAACGGGAACGACAAAGACUUGAGGAAGAAUUAAAGGCUCAACAAAAGAUUGAAGAAGAAAGGGAGCGACAAUUACUUGAAGAGGAAGAACGAGAACUACAAAAACUUGAAGAUGAAGAACGGGCAAGUCAAAAAAUUGAGGAGGAAGAACAGGCACGACAAAAAAUUGAGGAGGAAGAACGGGAACGACAAAGACUUGAAGAAGAAUUAAAGGCUCAACAAAAGAUUGAAGAAGAAAAGGUGCGAGAAUUACUUGAAGAAGAAAAAACACAAGAACUUGAAGAAUUUAAGGAGAUGCAACAAAGAGUAGAGAGAGAAGAAUUAAAAGAACAACAACAAUUAGUUGAGGAAGAUGAUCAUAGUUUUAGAUCGAUAGGAACGAAGAGACAGCACUGUCUUGAUGACAUUCUCAAUGAUGAUGUUCAUGAAAUUAAGAGACUUUCUAAGAAAGCUCGUACACAAGAUUAUCACGAUGAUAUAACUGAAAUUCAAAGGUCAAGAAUGCCAUUUGAUCCCGUGCGAGAUGCCCAGAAUGUCGAUAUGAACCAAGACACUACAUAUUCAUAUACGACACCUAAUACAGUGCCGGAUGAUGAGAAUAAUUACAAUCAGCAAUCAUUAUAUUCUAGACCGGUUGAAACAUUAGAAGUCAAUAACAAUGGAGAAACUUUGGUAAAUGAAGCAAUACAGUCUGAAGAGUGUCACAUUGAACAAAUUGCAGGUUCCCAUCUUAACCUUCUCAUGCAAGCAGUGGGUCUUUUAGAAGCAGGGGUAUCAUCGUUACCUGAAGAUUUGUAG